AUGUCGACAAGCACAACCACAACAAGCCAUGCGGGUUCCACGUCCAAGGCUACCGGCGGCCCCAAAAAUUCAGCGGUGAUGGAGAAGAAGGGGAACGGUAAGAAUUACAAGGGGUUUGUGGCGGGUGUGUUUUCGGGCAUUACGAAGUUGAGCGUCGGCCACCCCUUCGAUACCAUCAAAGUCCGUCUCCAAACCUCCGACGCGACACGCUUCUCUGGCCCGCUCCAAUGCCUCCUCCUCACCAUCCGGCACGAAGGCGUCCGGGGGCUCUACAAAGGCGCCACACCUCCCUUAGUAGGAUGGAUGUUCAUGGACUCCAUAAUGCUUGGCUCCCUCACAUUCUACCGCAAAUUCCUCCACCGAACCCUCUUCAACCCACACCACACGUUCGCCUCCCCCAUAAGCUUUGCGCAGAGCGACAUCCCUCUCCAGAAUGGAAAGCUGCAUAAGCUGCCUACACUUGGACAUGCGAUGGCGGGCGUGAUGGCGGGUGCGACGGUAAGCUUUGUCGCUGCGCCAGUAGAACACAUCAAAGCGCGUUUGCAGAUCCAAUACUCGAAUAAGAAGUCUGAGAGGCUAUACAAGGGGCCAGUUGAUUGCGCGCGGAAAAUCUACAAGCACCACGGGAUACGGGGUAUAUACCAUGGCCUCUCUGCCACCCUCUUGUUUCGCAGCUUUUUCUUCUGCUGGUGGGGUUCCUACGACUUGUUCACCAAAUUAUUAAGUGAGAAGUCGAACUUGAGUGUCCCGGCCAUUAAUUUCUGGGCCGGCGGGCUGAGCGCCCAGGUUUUCUGGUGCUGCAGUUAUCCGAGUGAUGUGGUCAAGCAGAGGAUUAUGACGGAUCCUUUAGCUGGCGGGCUUAAUGAUGGGACGAGGAUGUUUAAGGGGUGGAAAGAUGCGGCGACCGCAGUUUAUAGGGAGAGUGGAUGGAGGGGUUAUUGGAGGGGAUUUUUACCUUGCUUUUUGAGGGCUUUCCCCGCGAAUGCUAUGGCCCUGGUUGCAUUUGAAGGGGUGAUGAGGACGCUACCUUGA